AUGGCCGCUCUCGACAGCGAGCGACGACCUCGGCCCCACCACCGCAAGCGCGAGACGCUCACUCGCCGCAUCUCGUUCCCGACCUUCCACCUCUCGCCCGACCAGCUCGCCCUCGUGCGCCGGUGGAUCAUCUCGUUCGCGCUCGUCGACUUUGACGUCGACACGGGCCCCAACCUCGACAACGCGUACCCGCCCGCACGCCUCCCCGCCUCGACGAGGGCCAACGUCGCCUUCAGCUCGAUGCCCGAGGCCGUCGGGCUUCCGCACCCGGAGCAGCUGCCAGACGGCGGCUACGCGUACCACUGGAGGGUGCCGUACGCGGGCGAGGACGAGCUCGCGCGGCUCGACCUCGAGGUGGUGGACGACGGCGAGGACGAGGACGAGGCGAGGUUGUUGCGGUUGCCCGAGGGCGAGGGGGCCGAUGGCGCGCUGCACGGCUUUGUGUGGUUCGUGCGGGACAAGGACGAGCGGCUGCGGCGAGGGUACUCGCAGCGGUCACUGGUGCUCAUCUCGCACCUCCCCGCCCUCUCGGGCCUCUUCUCGGCCCUCGUGUCGAUCCUCGGUCCGCUCCACUUCAAGCAUGCACAACCAGGAGGCGCACGAGGCGGCAUGGUCGAGACGGCGUGCCACAACAUCGCGAGCUGGCCCGAUCCGACACCUGGCGCGACCCUUGAGCUACCCUUCCUCGGCUCGGUCCUCACCGUCUCGAUCCCCCUCCCCUCGCAAGCACAAUUCCCCCUUCCCGCGUCAGCCUCCUCCUCGAAGGGCAACUCGCCCUCAUCCGCGCCACUGCGACGCACACCUUCCGCCGCACCAGCCCUCCCGCCGACACCUGCGGCCUGGCACCUCUCGCGCGGCGCGACGCACCUACCGCUCCUCACGGGCCCGCCGUCCAUCCUCCCCGCCUCACUUCCCUCGACGCCUCUCUGCCUCCUCCUCUUCCCCCCCGCAUCAUCAUCGUCGCCCACAUCGUCAGGGCACGGCGAGAUUGGGCCUGUCGGGUACUCGAAGCUGCUCCUCCUGUGGGAGCUCGUCGCGCUCGGCGAGCCGCUCCUCGUGUGGGCGGCCGAGCCACGAGUCGGCGCCGAGGUCGUCGAGGCGCUCAAGGCGCUCAUUAAGCCUAUACCGUUCGCCGGCGACGUGCGGCCCUACUUUCACGUGCACGAUGUCGAAUUUGCGAACCUGUGCAAGGCGGGCAAGAAGCCUCCUCAAGGCCUCCUCGUCGCGUCGACCAACCCGCUCCUCCUGUCGACGUGCAAGCACUGGCCGCACGUCCUGCGCCUCGACCGCGCCGCACCCGCACCUUCCUCCACCUCGCCUUCCUCCUCGCCAACUCUUUCCCUCCCUCUUUCCGCCGCAUCUUCUUCCCCGUCCGGCAUUGCGCCUCUUCGACAGCGCUCGGCGUCGAACGGCAACGGGUCGCAGCACGGCGGUGGCGGCGACGACGGCUCGACGGGCGGCGGCGGCGGCGCGGGCAAGGAGUUUGGGCUGCGCACGACGAGCAAGCGGCACGUCAAGAAGGACGAGGCCGUCGAGAAGGAGAUUGCCGAGCUGUGGCGGCGGGGCGACUACCUCGCGUGCGACGCCGUCAUCUAUCGGCACUUUGCGGCGUUGACCGAGCGGUUCCUAGCGCCCCUCAGCCGGUACUUUGGCACGCUCUGGGCCGGCAACGAGGCCGUCGCCGCACGCGCACCACUCGUCUCGCCCGGCCCGUCACCGCUCCCGAGCACGCGCUUCUCGCGCUCGGCCUUCCUCACCUCGCUCCGCGCGCACGGCUCGCCCCUGCCCCUCAAGUCGGGCGCGCCCUCGCUCUCGCAGCCGGGCUCGACCGCGACCGAGCGGUUCUACUCGCGGUUCGUCGAUGGCGCCAACUUUGAGCGGUGGGCCGAGAAGCGGGUGCGGGACACGGGGGGAGAGGUCAGGAGGCGGUUCGUCAGGACGCUCGAGAGCGAGGACUGGGAGCUGUGGGCGAGGGGGAGGGACGUGGGCGAGGUGGACGACAUGGUGAGGAGGCUCGAGCGGGAGGUCGUGCUCCUCGACCCGGCGCCGCCGACCUCUUCCUCCUCCCUCGCCCGCACGAGCGUCAGCACAACCUCGAGCAGUACCCUCCCCUCAUCGAGCUCGACACCCUCCUCCCGCACCAACUCGCCCGCACCGUCGUCGACGACGAGCCAGGCGCAGUCGCCGACGCCGACGCCGGCGAUGCUCGCCAGCUCCGCCCUGAUCGGCGAAGGGCCCGGCGCCAAGCUCCGCGCGGGCGUGCGGGUGCUGCAGGGUCUGAGGGACGAGAAGCGGCGAGCGCGCGACGCGAGCGUCGGGAGCACGACCGUCGAGUGGAUGCUCGGCAGCCUCCUGUCGACCUGCGCCCCGCUCUUCUCGCGCCUGCGCCCCUCGCCCUCGCACGACGACCUCAUCGUAACCCCACCUCGAGACUCGACCAAGCCCGCCAUGGGCGCAGCACCGGCACAUGGCGCUCCCGCCAAGGACUGCAUCUUCUGCGGGGUCACAGCGACGUCGCCUGGGUUCCGCGUCGUGCACGAGGAUGGCGAGUUCGUCGUCUUCAAGGACCGCAGCCCGGGCAGCAAGGUGCACCUGCUCGCUGUCCCCAAGCGCCACGUCGACAGCGUCAAGACGCUCGAGGUUGAGGACGUCAGCAUGCUCGAGCGCAUGAAGCAUCUCGGCCGGCGCGUCCUCGUCGAGCAAGGCGUCCCCGAGGGCGAGCAGAGAUUGGGCUUCCACAUCCCGCCUUUCUUCUCCGUCAACCACCUCCACCUGCACCUCCUGUCGCUCCCACUCAUGGCUAACGUCAUCGACAUCCUUCGAGCGGGACAGCGCGUCCACGUGCGGCCCGUCAAGCGUGACCCGCCGUCGCCCGUCUCGGCCGUCGCAUGA